AUGACCCUCACAGCGACGGCGUCCCUGCCUAAGCAGACUUCCCAGGCCAGGAGCAGUAACGGAGACACCAAAUCCUCAAUACUGACAGGGACAAACAACACAGGGGCAACACCAACACCGCCAGGACCAACGCCGACCCCACUGCUCGUGCCUGUUGCCCUUCCAGCCUUCCCCGGCGGUGUAACCCAAGCUCAGCCAGACACAGGCCUCGAACGGAAACAUAGCACAGCCAAUCACAGGAUACCACCCUCACAGGACUCGUCUUUGACAAACCCGGGCGACAGCAGGGCCGCGGGACCUAAUGCCGAUAUGGACACCAGCAAGGAUGAGAGUCAGUCACGGACAGAUAAGGAGGACAUCAACAAAAGCGACUUUGACACCGACGGUACGCCAAUUGACUGGACAGAGAUGGAGAUCGACCCAAGCACAGCGUUACUCCCACAGCCAGAGUCGUUCAAUGGCUGGAGCAACAAAACAGGAUAUGUCUACGAUGUCCGGAUGAAACAUCACAAUAACGUGCACGGAGACGAUGAUCACCCAGAAGACCCAAGGCGGAUCUGGCGGAUAUACGACGCCAUCAGGACGGCCCACUGCACAGACAGGAUGAUCAAAAUCACCUCGCGGGAAGCGACUGUGGACGAACUCGGUCUUGUUCACACCGACAACCAUAUCGAAAACAUCACCAAAACAUCAGCCAUGUCAAAGGACGAUCUGCUGGAGAUGGCCAACAGCUACAACAGUAUUUACCUCAAUAAUCUUUCAGCAUUCUGCGCCAGGCUAUCCUGCGGAAGUCUCAUCGAGAUUUGCAAGGCCGUUGCUUCGGGGCAGGUGCUGAACGGUGUCGCUAUCAUCCGUCCUCCAGGACAUCACGCAGAGCCACAUGAGGCAGGAGGAUUCUGUCUAUACAACAAUGUCGCCAUUGCUGCUCGGUACCUUCAGCAGAAUCAUGGGCUCAAGAAAAUAUUUAUUCUGGAUUGCGGGAUGGGCGAUUCGGAGUACAUCUACGCGUUCAACAAGGUCAUCAUGCCGAUCCUCUACGAAUUCGCACCAGACUUUGUUCUGGUCAGCGCAGGAUUUGACGCUGCCAAAGGCGAUCAUAUUGGCCAGAUGCUUGUGACACCAGCGGCAUAUGGACAUAUGACACACAUGCUCAAAUCGCUUGCAGGAGGAAAGAUUAUUCUAGCAUUGGAGGGCGGCUACAAUCUCGAUUCAAUCGCGGUGUCAGGACUGGCGUGUGUCAAGGCAUUAUUGAACGACCCUAUCGAGGCAUUAGAUCCUAUUCGGCCGAACCCGCUCUGUGUGCAGACCAUCCAUGAGGUCAUCAAGGUCCAGUCGAGAUACUGGAAAAGUCUCCCUCCCAUUUACGCCAAUGCCGAAGAUGACAUACCGAUGGAUGUACCUACUAUUGGGAUGGACAAAAUACUGGCUGUUUACCAGGAGAAUCAUUUGCGGGAAACAUAUGGAAUGAUCAAAAUGCCUCGGUUAGAUGGCAAGGAUCGUGGCGAGUUCUUGGACAACGUCCACUGCACGGGUGAGUUGUGCGCGCGGACAGUCGGGACCAACAAUACGAUUCGGCCGCAAAAGUCGGUUCUUGUCGAUGCCAUGACACAGUAUGUCGACUAUAUCAUCAACGCAGGAAACGAGCUCGUCGAUGUAGUGGUACCAUAUCUCCCAACUACCGAGGAGGAAAAAGUGAUGCUCAAGGAUCAACAGUCGAAUGUGCUUGCCGACCUCUGGAGCACUUUGGUGGCGACUUCGGCCAUGGAGGGCAGGCGAAUAGUGGUGCUGGCAACAGGAUUUGGAUGCCAUGGCCUCGUCGCGUUUUUGAACGAGAAACAGAAGGAGGUUCCUCGGUACCUGAGUUCUGUGACGCUGGUCCUUGGCGACGACACGGUGCCAAUGGUGACCAAGAAGUUGAGCCCCUGGUAUAUCGAAAACUCUUUUGUGAUGGCGUCCGACGAUCAUCCCAUAUGGGAGCGAGCCAGCCAAAAGGUGAACAGUCGGACAGGAAACCUCCUGCGCACUGAGCGCCCAUUGGAGAGACUGGCUGAGACAUUGCUGUAUCUACGGAAACGGAUUUUCAGCGACAUCGAAUCCAAGUUGGAAUCUCUUGCACCUUUCCCAUCAAGCGACGCGGAAUCGGAAACGAAACUUGAAGAGGCAGCACCAAUGGAACUCGAGUUCCCUCCGAUGCAAACCAGAUCAGGACGACUCUCGAUGCAAAUGGACAAGGUUUCAAAGUCAGAGGCGUCGACACCAGAGCGUCAGCGACAGGCAUCCUCACCUCAGAUGCAGUCUUCCGCUACCAACUUGGCCCCAACAGCCAGGAACGGGACCCGGCGUGGACGGCAGCCGAAUUCACGUCCAGGAUCGCCUCUUCUUAACGGGUCCAUUCCCGGAUCGGUACCGUCUCUGGUUGAGCGGCCUACAGUGGUGGGUCCUCAGCGGACGCAGCCAUACUCUCAAGGGAACAACCGUGACUCGGGUCCACCAUCGCUCAACUCCUCACCAAGGUCCACGGCUGCUGUGCCUCUGCGCAACAAUGUACCACAAAGCCGUGUUGUUGAUCCCAAUUUGGAAGGAGUAGAAUCAAAGUCGCGACCUGUCAGCAUGCAGCAGCAGCAGCAGCAGCAACAACACCAACACCAACAACUACAGCAGCAAUUGCAACAUCAGCAGCAAUUACAACAUCAGCAACAACAGCAACAACAACAAAAGGUCCAACAACAACUCCAACAACAACGAGCCCAGGAAACGUACAGCCAGGAACCUCAUCGUCGACAACCUCCACCUCCACAGCAGCAGCAGCCGUCAGGACCACCGCCUCCACAGCAGCAACAGCAACAGCAAAAGCAACCACCGUCUCAACAACAGCAGCAACAGCGACCUCCGCCAAGGCAGCAUCAGCAGCAACAACAGCAGGCUCGUCAUGAGAUGGGUCCUUAUGGUUCUUACCCUACUGGAUCUCAUGGCGAUGCUCGGCCGAAUAGGGUGGCAUCAGGACCUGGCGAGUACUACCCACCUCAUUCGGGAUCCAAUGGCUCAUCUGGUUCACCCUCAACGAUGACUCCUCCCCACGAAUACCCGGUCAACGGAAGUCCUCGUGGUUCUAUCCAUGCAGGCAUGAAACCCGGCGCGCCACCUCUGACUCAGCAACAGCAACAGCUGAUACAGAAGCAACAGCACUUGCAGUUGCAAAUGGAGCAGCACCAGCAGCAGCAGCAGCAGCGACAAAAGCAGCAGCAGAUGGAGCACCAUCAUCAACACCAGUCGGAGCAGCAGCAGUCGCACUUCCAACAACAUGGCCAUAGUCACCCUCAGCAUUCACAGCAGCAGCAAUCCCAACAACAACAACAGCAGCAGUUUGGAUACUCUCCAUCGAUGCAAGGGAGUGGAUCAUCGAGGCAGGGCGCUCCUCCUCCUCCAGGCGGUCCCCCCACAGAGAUGCAUCCUGGUCACAGGAGAACUUACUCGACGCAAGGGCCGCCGCCGCCACCGCAGCAGGGUCCUCCUGGACCUGGACCUGGCCAAGGACAAGGACGGGAACCUCAGAUCCACGGCCCGCCUAUGCAUCCUAAUGGACGGUCAUCGCAACACCUGCAACAGCAACAACAGCAGGCGCAUCAUCAUGCUCAGCAACAAGCGCAGGCACAGGCACAGGGACCACCUCCCUCAGGCAGAAUGAAGCGAUCAGAGCCGGAUAUUGACACCUAUGGUAACGGCCAGUUUGCUCCUCAUCCGUCCAGGCAGCAGCAGGAGGCGGAGCGACGACAGAUCUGGAUGGAGCAUCAGCGGCGGGAAAUGGAGCAGGCCAAGCAGGCGGAACAUGCUAAGCAGGUGGAGCACGCCAAGCAGAUCGAGCACGCAAAGCAGAUAGAACACGCCAAGCAGAUCGAGCACGCCAAGCAGAUCGAACACGCCAAACAGAUCGAGCACGCUAAACAGAUCGAACAUGCUAAGCAGAUCGAACAUGCCAAGCAAAUCGAACAUGCCAAGCAAAUCGAACAUGCCAAGCAAAUCGAACAUGCUAAGCAGAUCGAGCACGCGAAGCAAAUCGAGCACGCGAAGCUGGAGCACGCCAAACAAGUCGAACAUGCAAAGCAAAUAGAACAUGCCAAGCAUAUGCACCAUCGGCAGCAGCAGCAGCAGCACCAACAACAGCAACAUCAGCAGCACCACCAACAACAUCAACAGCACCAUCCUCAGCACCAUCAACAACAGCAACACUCACACUCUCACGCUCAGCAACAACACGCUCAUCAACAACAUUCUCAUCAUCAGCAACAACACGCGCAUCAUUACCAGCAUCAUUCGCAACAGCUUCAGCAACAGCAUCCUCAGCAUGGACACCACCUUCAGCAACAGCACCCACACCCACAGCAGCAACAACAGCAGCAGCACCCACAUCAUCAGCAACAACAACAGCAUCUGAUGCGGAUAGACCCAAGGGCGGCCAUGGAGAUGCAUCCCAGUUCCUCUGGGCGGAAAUAA